CGAAGGUGUUCAGCUCUUGGAGGUCUUUCAGAACUGCCCUCAUGUCACCCAAACAGGCAUCUGUGGUGAUCUUCUUCCUCUGGCUCUCCGCGACAGGCGAGGCCACAACCCGCCUCACUCAUGGCUUCAUCCCACCUCCAGCCAGCCAGAUCUCGCGGUUCGGCAGCCCGAGUGCCCUGAUGCGCCGCUCUGGCUUGAAGGAUGUCUUCCCGCAUGCCUCACAGUCGGCCUCUCCGCUGCGGAUGAAAGGCGACGACAGCGAGGAUGACGACGAGGCAGCACGGUUCAGCUGGAAUGCGUUUGGGAGGCGGGCGACCUUCGCCGGACUGACGGCCAUGCUCCUGUCGGCGCCUGACUGGAACGUACGUCACAGCAUGACACGCCUGUGAAAGGAGCUCUCAUGUGCAGUGCACGUGUUGUGUCUGUGUCCCUGUGUGUCUGUAUCAUGUAGGUGUCUCCUGCGGCAGCCCAGGAAGCCUUGCGGAGUUACUCGCAGUUCCUGGACAUGGUUGAGCAGAAGAAGUUCACGACUGUGCUGUUCAGCGAGGAGGGGACCAGACUGACAGCCAUAGACAUCGAUGGUCGGUCGGUCUGUCGGUCACACACACGUCGAAAGCAAGGUGCUCUUCACCGCUUGUGUGUGUGUGGCAUGUCUGUCUGUGUGUGUUGUGUGUGCAGGCAACCAGUAUGUGUUGGAAGGCAUCCCUAAUGACCAGAAUCUGCUCAAGACUCUCAGAAAGUACAAAGUCGACUUCUCUGUCCAGUCGCCCGAACCCGUAAUGAAACCACACACACACACACACACACACACACAGCGACCCCACCUGCAGCAUGCAUGAGCACAAAUGCCCCUUUGGCCUGGCCUGUCAGUCGCCCAAUUGGGUGCGGGCCAUUGUCACCUUCUUUCCGUGGCUGAUUCUGGGGAGUCUACUCUUUUUCACCGCACAGAUGGGUCGGGGCGGCGGCCAGCAGGGCGGACAGCAGAGCGGCGGCGGUGGGGGCGGACUCCUCGGUACCCAGGGACGGAGGGAGUGGGGCGAAGAAUGCGGGGCAUGGCUGUCUGUGUGGGUGUCCGUAUCAGGUCGGUUCGGUCAGAUGAAUGCCAAGUUCGACAUGAAGCCCGACACGGGCGUCAACUUCUCCCAAGUGGCUGGACAGGACGAGGCCAAGCAGGAGCUGGCCGAGAUCGUCACAUUCCUCAAGGACCCAAGUCAGUUCACAAAAAUGGGCGCCAAGAUCCCGAAAGGCGUCAUCAUGGAGGGACCACCCGGUAAGUCCUUCUGCACACACACACACACACACACACACACCACAUGUCCACACACACGUCCACACAGAGGGAGUCACUGCGUGCUGUGUGUGUGUGUGUGCGUCAGGCACCGGUAAGACGCUCUUGGCGAAGGCUGUCGCCGGCGAGGCGGGGGUCCCCUUCUUCUCAACCAGUGGGUCCCAAUUCGUAGAGGUCAGUCAGGAACUAACGACAUGAUCACACAACACAGGGAGGCGGGUGCCUCAACUGGUACUGAUUGAUGAGUGCAUUCAGGUGUUUGUGGGCAUCGGCGCCUCACGUGUGCGUGACCUCUUUGCCAAUGCCAAGCGAGUGAGCCCCUGUAUCAUCUUCAUCGACGAGAUCGACGCCAUCGGCCGCUCACGUGCGUCAGGAGGCUUCAUGCCGCAGAACGACGAGCGAGAGCAGACACUCAACCAGCUCCUGGCCGAGAUGGACGGCUUCACGGGCAACCAGGGUGUGGUGGUGGUGGCGGCCACCAACCGUGCAGACAUCCUCGACAACGCACUGCUGCGCCCCGGCCGAUUCGACCGGCGAGUGCAGGUCAACCUUCCUGACCUACCGGUGAGUGAGUGCAUGGCAUGUGUUGGCUGCUGCUUACUUGGUGCGGUGCCGAAUUCGAUUGGCAUGCUGUGCUGUGCUGUCUGUGUGUAUCGAUUCAAUCGAUUGUCAGGCGCGUCGGGCCAUUUUGGAUGUGUAUGUCAAGGGCAAGCCCAUGGCCGACAAUGUGGACCUUGACUCCAUCGCGGCGCGCACGACCGGAUUUUCCGGCGCAUCACUCGAGAACCUCAUGAACGAGGCCGCCAUAUUUGCUGCCAGAAAGGGCAAGGAGCUCAUUGAGACCGACGACGUCGAUGCGGCUCUCGACCGCAUCAUGCUUGGGUCAGAGAAGACCAACAGGGCGCUCUCAGAGCGGGUCAAGACGCUCACGGCCUACCAUGAAGCCGGCCACGCCCUCGUGGGGGCCUUCCUGCCGGGCUACGACGCAGUGCAGAAAAUCUCCAUCAUCCCCCGCACAGGCGGCUCCGGAGGCGCCACCUUCUACCUCCCCGCAGAGGAGCGCCUCACUAGCGGAAUGUACUCGGUCGACUACCUGCAAGUCAGAGACAUGAGGAGAUGAGGGGCCCACCCGCCCCACCGUCAAUGUGUGUCUGUCUGUCCGUUGUCUGUCUGUCUUCAGAAUCAGCUUGCGGUAGCUCUUGGUGGUCGUGCUGCUGAGGAUGUCGUGUAUGGCCCUGAGCACGUGACGACGGGUGCGUCGAGCGAUUUGCAGCAAGUGACGCGCAUCGCCCGCAGCAUGGUGACGCAGUACGGCAUGAACGACAAGGUCGGUCAGCUCAACGUGGAGGACGCUAUGAUGAGGCAGGGGAUGGCGCCAUUCCUCGAGACCUCUGAGGUCAGUCACUCAGUCAGUCAGUCAGUCAGUUAGCAGCAAAAGGUCCGUCCCUUUCAAGCAUGCUAUAGGCUGGGAUUGCAUGGCAUGUAUGUUAUGUGUGGAUGUGAUAUAUGUGUCCAGGCCACGAAGGAGACAGUGGACCGUGAGGUGCGUCAGGUGGUGUCAGACGCGUACGCCAAGGCCAAACAAAUCCUCCAGGACAACAGGUACGAACGUAACGAAACAGACCGACCGACCCACACACGCACACACACGCUUUCCCCUCUCCCGGUGUUUCAUUCAGAUUGUUGCUGGACGAGACGGCCCGUCGUCUGGUUGAGAGCGAGAUGCUGAGUGGGGAGCAGUUUAGCAGCCUGGUGGCGGGCUACAAGGCCGCUGAGCCCAACCACGCAAUCAAGAAGACCAAGAGCAACCCCUUUGCAUUCUCAUGAAUGAAGGACACCAACGGUAGAGUUUCGUUUCGUUUCGUUUGGUUUUGUUUUGUUGUAUCGCGGCUGGCUGCAUUGUGUGUGUGUAUACCUUUCUGCCUACCUAGUGGAUGAGCCGUUGUGUAUUGUACAUAGAGAGUAGGGAUGGGUCGGCGGGUGAAUGUCUCUGUCUAGUCCUUUGUAGCUAGGUGAAGAGAGAGAGAGAGGCGACACACAAGCGAGCGGGCGAGCGAGCAACCUGCCUGCCUUCCUGCCUGCCACGGGGAGGGCGUUUUCCUAUCGCAUCUAUCUGUAGUGUAUUCGCGUGAGGUUGACAUGCUUGAUCCCUCCUGUCACGUGUCUAGCGUUGCCUUGAGUGAGGUGAACAUGACAUCUCACGGCCGAGAUGUCAGUGCCGCCUCGCUGGACGAAGCGCGAGACGCAUGACAGACAGGGGGACAGACGCGAAGGCGGCACCAGGAAGGGAAUCUGUCUCGUGUCGUGUUGUGUGUUCUGGUUGGGUGUCCUGCGUGUCUUACUUCUUCCGUACCGCCAAAUGUACGCCUCUUCCCCGGGGUGUCAUUUGCCGGUGCGGAAGGAGGGCUGAGACGCAUGACACACCAAACAGUGAGUGACACACAUAGCGUGGCCACAGGCCGUGUGGCUCUGUCUUGUCUAUGUGGAUGGAUGAACGAAGCCAUCAGUGAGAGACGAGGGGGCCGGCAGAGAGGGUACUUCUUUUCUUUAUCCUCCGUCACAUACGUAUCGAGUUGCUGUGUCUGUGAGUGUGCAUAGCCAGCUGUGUGUCCUUUUGUUAUGUUCCCCCACAUGGAAAGUUUUGUUUGGUGGUUCCCCCUCGAGUUGUGUGCAUGUGUGUUUUAUCCCCACGUGCAGUGCAAUCAGUGGACGCACCCAUGUAUGUAUGUAUGUAUGUAUGUAUGUAUAUCUACCUCUCUGUCUGUCGACCAUCUGUGUGUGUGUACCAUAUGUAGUACGCUGGUUGGUUGCCUGGCUGCCUUCCUUGGUAAGUACCACCUGUGCCCGUCCGUUUCUAAGUGUGUGUAUACAUCUAUCUCACCCAUUGCAAUACGUAAGAGAGAGGGAGAGAGAGAACCGGCAGGCAGGUCUUUUUCCGUGUGCGUGGCUUAGGUUACAUCGGCACCAAGUGUCCUCCAUCAAGCUUGAUGCAUGGAGCGGUUGUGUGGGAGCGGAGGGGUUGUGUGGAUGAGAUGAGUGCGACAGAGAGUGAAUAGAGGGGGGAGGGGGGGGAGCCAUUCAUUUAUUCACAUGUGUGUGAUGUGUGCAUGGUGGUGCUGAGUGACACACGAACGAGCCUCGGUGGGCUGGGCGGUGUGCUGCCAGUGUGUGAAGAUGAAGAUAUAUAUAUAUCUGCCCAGGCAGUGAAAUGGGCGGUGUCUGC